GUUAAAAACAACAAAUUCUAUAAGUUCACAAAAGAUAACAUGACAACCAAAAAAGAUUGAAAAAACUCUGAUUCGUUUAGAAGAAUACGUUCGUGAACGUAUGCAUAACAACUCAAAGUGUUGUCAAUAAGCAAAUGGAGGAGUCAAAGAGAUACAAGAGGAUGGGGAAGCAGACUAUGGGCAAGAAGAAGAAGAACAAAAAGGGUCAUGGGUCUGGAUCAGGAUCCGGUUUGCUUCAGAUGAAGGUGAGGAAGCUCCAAAUACUGAUACCGGGUGGGAAACAAUGCAACCAACCGGAUCUACUUUUAUUAAAAACUGUCGAUUAUAUUGCACAACUGAAGUUGAAGCUUAUGUUCCUUAAAGCAAUAUCAGGCUCUCUUUGAAGAUCAUAACACUUUUCUUCUUCUUCCUCUCCUCCUUACUAAAAAGCUAUGGUUUGCAAAAUCUAUUUUCCCGUGUAUGGAUUGUAAUUUGGAGUUUGCUUUAAGUCGUAUGUUCCUUGAUCUUAUAUAGUUUGUUUAAAAUUAUGCAACAGUAAGAAAUUUGUCCAUAAGUUUAUAUUUAGUCAAUUUCAAAUGCUAUAGUAUGCUUUGUGAACUUUCUUUGUUUUAUCUCUUUCAUGGUCUUCGUAUAUACUAAUGGCUAAUUUUGAUGUUGUAUUUUUCAUGUUAUCUAUGAUUCUAUAUGUAUAGACACAGUUA